CUCUCCUCUGCCUCCUAUCUCCAUGCCCACACCUUGGAACUGAACAAGCCAUGGGAGGCAAGAACGUCAAAGCUGACAACUCUGACAAAAACUUAACUCGUUGGGACAGAAUAAGACAGCAAAUAGGCUUCAGAAGCUCCCUCACCUGGUUCUUCCUCGUUAUCUUCAUGCUUUACAUCCUCUACUCUUCCAGCCUCCUUCUCACCAGUGACCACCAAGAAUGUUCCACCUCUUUCGAUUCCUCCAUUCUUGAGCACCUUGAAGCUGUCACCAACAUCUCUUACACCGAUGAAGAGGUAGAAGAUAAAACCAUGGAGCCUGUACUUCCACAAAGAUCCCAACGCUACGACACAGAGCUCAAACACAUUGUUUUUGGGAUAGCCGCUACGUCCAAACUGUGGGAGAAGAGGAAGGAAUAUAUAAAGGUAUGGUGGAAGCCCAAGGAAACCAGAGGGGUGGUUUGGUUAGAUAAAAGAGUGAGAACCAGAUCAAGAAACGAAGGGCUGCCGGAGAUUCGGAUUUCCGGGGACACAUCGAAAUUCAAGUACACAAACCGUCAGGGACGGAGGUCGGCGUUAAGGAUUUCGAGAGUGGUUUCUGAGACGUUGAAACUUGGCAUGAAGGACGUGAGGUGGUUUGUUAUGGGUGAUGAUGACACGGUUUUCGUGGUGGAGAAUGUGGUGAGGAUACUUUCCAAGUAUGAUCAUAGGCAGUUCUAUUAUGUCGGGAGUUCAUCGGAGAGUCAUGUUCAGAACAUUUAUUUCUCAUACUCCAUGGCGUUUGGUGGGGGUGGAUUUGCCAUAAGCCAUCCUCUAGCGAAGGAGUUGGCAAAGAUGCAGGAUCAGUGCAUUCUGCGGUAUCCGGGGUUAUAUGGAAGCGACGACAGGAUUCAGGCUUGCAUGGCUGAGCUAGGGGUGCCACUGACCAAGGAACCUGGGUUUCAUCAGUAUGAUGUCUAUGGAGAUUUGUUAGGCCUUCUGGGAGCCCAUCCUGUCACUCCAUUGGCGUCAGUCCACCACCUUGAUGUAGUGAAACCAAUAUUCCCACACAUGACCAGAGUCAAAGCCUUACGACACCUAAUGCAAUCCAUCAAGCUUGAUUCGGCAAAUAUAAUGCAGCAAUCAAUCUGCUAUGACAAAAAAGGUUAUUGGUCCAUCUCCGUUUCAUGGGGCUAUGUGGUUCAAAUAUUGAGGGGAGUGAUUUCUCCCAGAGAACUGGAGAUGCCCACAAGAACCUUUCUUAAUUGGUAUAGAAAAGCUGAUUAUACAGCAUAUGCAUUCAACACCAGACCUGUGACCAAGCAUCCUUGUCAGAAACCCUUCAUUUUCUACAUGAGCACCUCUCGAUACGAUCGACCCAAGAAGCAAAUCGUUGGGGUUUACUCUCGUGCUAAAUCUCGCCCUCCUAGCUGUAGAUGGAACAUGGACUCACCAGAAACAAUUGAGUCCGUAGUUGUCAUAAAAAGACCAGAUCCUCUUCGCUGGCAGAAGUCACCAAGAAGGGAUUGUUGUAGAGUUCUGCCAUCACAGAGGAGAUCAACAAUGUACUUGUGGGUGGGCAAUUGUCGAGAUGGUGAAAUUAGUCAGUUGUAGCAGCAUCAAGAGAUGUGCUUCAAUCAGUUUUACUCACCGGAUGCGCUUCAGCCUCAUCAUUGCUUAUGAGAUUAAGUGGAACUGAGGCAACUGGUGACGUGGCCACUGCCAGGACAAGAAGGUCAAUCUGAGUAUCAUUGAUGGGGGGUGACCUCUCAACUCGAUGUAUAGAUGUAAUUUUACCAUCCUUGAACGUUAUAUUCACUGUUUUCAAGCAAACAAAGAUUACAAAUUUAUUAGGUACCUUGAAAUAAUGACAAUAUUAAUCAAUUUACAAAUUUCUUGAGUAAACCAAUAUCUGUUA